AUGUUGCUUUUGCGCGCAGCUCAACCCAGCACCCGUGAAGCUGGCACGGUAUUCCAGAUUGAGCUGGGAGGUGUCCAGAGUUUGAUGCUGGAGUUCAGACAUUCACAUACGUACACAUGCCGCGGGAUGCAAGCAGCAUCCAAGGGCAGACCCACUGUUGCACGGCAGCAUCGUCUCAAGGUGACUCGAUGGUCAGGGGAACCUGGACAUCGUGGCAUGCAGUCUGUGAAGGGCAUGGGCCAUGGAGACAAGGCCUUUGCUCCUUGGCCCACUCUGAGACAUGGGCCCUCCGUUGACAGUCCCAUCACGGGGCACAAGCCCCUGGCAUUAGCGCUUGGCCGAAAAGCGCCACGGCCCACCUCAGAUCUCACCUUGUCUCGACAGUCUUCCAGGGCCCAGGCCCUCGCCUGGAAGACUCCCGGCGCGAAGAUCAGCACGGCACCGAGUACCAAUGCUAGAUGUGGAAGCCAGCGUUUAGUGCCGCCAGCAUGCAGCACUUCCUGGGACGUCCGUUGCUUCUGA